AUGCGUGCUCCAGUGGUCUUGUGUCUCCUCUGGGCCUCCGUAGCGUUGGCGUCGCCGGUGAACAGGCAGAGGCAGAAGCUGUUGCUGGUUUCGUUCGAUGGGUUUCGGUGGGAUUACGACCGCGAUGUGGACACUCCGAACCUGGACCAGAUGGUUAAAGACGGAGUGAAGGCUCAGUACGUCACUCCUCCGUACCUCACCAUCACCAGCCCCACGCACUUCACUCUGCUCACAGGUCUGUACGUGGAGAACCAUGGGGUGAUUCACAACAUGUGGUUCAACACCACCACCUCAAGGAUGCUGCCGUAUUAUCAGACCCAGUUCAAGAACGAGUGGUGGGACAACGGCUCUCUGCCCAUCUGGAUCACUGCACAGAGACAGGGUCUCAAAGCCGGCUCCCUGCACUUCCCCGGCACGGCUUCCAGCUACGACGGAGAGAGCGCUUCAGUCCGAGAGGUGGAGCCGCUAAUGUACAACUACAAGAACGAAACCGCCUGGAGAGAAAACACGGACAAGGUCAUGAGCUGGUUCAGAGACAAAGAUCUGGAUUUUGUCUCUAUGUAUUUUGGAGAACCGGAUAAAACUGGACAUCGCUACGGCCCAAACUCACCCGAAGUUAAAGAAAUGGUGAAGCAAGUCGAUCGUACAGUUGGAUAUAUUCGUCAAGCUGCCAGAAAUUAUGGUUUAGAAGAUCGAUUAAACAUCAUAAUCACCGCUGAUCAUGGGAUGACCAAUGUGUACCGAAAUGGACUUGUUGAAGAAAUCACACUCUCUAAAAUUCCUGGGUUUUCCUUCAAAGAUGUAGAGUUUUAUUUGUUGGACUAUGGACCCAGUGGGAUGAUCCUGCCCAAACCAGGGAUGUUGGAAAAGGUUUACAACGCCUUAAAAGGGGCUCAUCCACAUCUGCACGUUUAUAAGAAAGAAGAGCUCCCUGAACGCAUGCACUUCACGAAGAGCGAGCGCAUUUUACCCAUCAUCCUCUGGGCUGACUCUGGAUAUGUCAUCAAUGGGUACUUUCCAGUGCAGUUUAAUAAAGGGGAGCACGGCUUUGAUAACACAGAAAUGGACAUGAAGGCCUUCUUCAGAGCUGUGGGACCAGCCUUCCACCAGAACCUGGAGGUGGGACCCUUCGAGACGGUCAACAUCUACCCACUCAUGUGCCACAUCCUGGGGAUAACACCCGAGAAGAACGACGGGUCUCUGGAGGUCACCAGACACAUGCUGAGGAGCGAGGGAGGAGGAGGGACAGGGAUAAACUUCUUACCAAAAGUGUUUCUGGGGUUGGCGGCUGUGGCUGGGUUUCUGGUGGUGACUUUUAUUGUGAUCACGACGAAAAUGAUUCUGAAGAGGAAAAAGAAGAGGUAA